GGGCGGGAUAGGCCUGCACCGGGCCCGAUUCUGCCAGUCUCCCAAGGUCGGAGCUUGAACCCUGCGAGAUAAAGUCAAAACCACCCCCCUCUUUUCCCAGCCAUGCAAACUGCGGGAUGAAGCUGGAAGCUGUGGUCGAGCAGCUGCAGAAGCAGCAGCAGAAGCAGCAAACGCCUCUGCAGAUGGAUUCCAGGGAGAGACAGCAGAGGCAGAUGAGGGAAGCCCAGCUGCUCUACACGCAGCAGCUGGCCGUGCAGCAGGCUGUCCUAGCAGCCACAUCUGGCAGGGCUUCAGGCGGCUCCACUGUUGGUCCCUUGGCCAGAGGCCCACCUGCAGCCGGAGCUACACGGGCUUUUGAUCAGAGCAGCAUGAAUUCUGAGCCAGAAGAGGAGGAGGAGGAUGAAGAGGAGGAGGAGGAAGAAGAGGAGGAGGAAGAAGAAGGGGGUUUAGAAGGCGGUGAUCUUGAGGAUGGCGCUGAUGUGACUGGGAAAGAAACCUGCUCUGCUCUGAAAUAUUUCCAUGCUCCCAAAGUUGCCCAUCACAACCAAAGAGUGGCUUCUACCUCGAAUCCUCUGCCAGCAUCAGGCCUCCAGCGGGGACAGCAGGGCAAGGAAGAACAGGGUAAAGACACUAGUAAGCAGCCGUAUGCCAGUUCCCCGUCUGGACGCCAGAACUGGCGCUUGGAUGAGCAGCUCAAGCAGAAUGGCAGCGUGACCUGGAGCGAUGAAGGUGAUGGAUGCAGAGGAAGAGAAAUUUCCCGAGACUUUGCCAAGCUCUAUGAACUGGAUAGUGACCCUGAACGGAAAGAGUUCCUGGAUGACCUCUUCAUCUUCAUGCAGAAGAGGGGAACUCCCAUCAAUCGGAUCCCCAUCAUGGCAAAGCAGAUCCUGGAUCUCUACAUGCUCUAUAAGCUGGUGACUGAGAAAGGAGGGCUGGUGGAAAUCAUCAACAAGAAGAUCUGGCGAGAGAUCACCAAAGGCCUUAAUUUGCCCACCUCCAUCACCAGCGCCGCCUUCACGCUUCGAACCCAGUACAUGAAGUACCUCUAUGCCUACGAAUGCGAGAAGAAAUCCCUCAGCUCUCCUGCUGAGCUUCAGGCUGCAAUCGAUGGCAACAGGCGGGAGGGCAGGCGGCCCAGCUACAGCUCCUCUCUGUUCAGCUACUCCCCCAGCACCACGGGGCCUCCUUCCCUCCUGUCUCCCCCUAAGAUCCGCUUCCCCAUCAUCGGCGUGGCGCCGGGCAGCGGGACCAGCAACCCUCGGGUGUCUCCGGCAGCAGCCGUCAGGAAAGGUGACAGUGUGCCCUUGACUGUGUCUAUGCCAAAUCGUAUUGCUGUGCCAGUGACCUUGGCUAGCCAGCAGGCAACUGUGGCAGCAAGAACAGCCACCCUGGAGCAGCUGAGGGAGAGGCUGGAGUCGGGAGAGCCUCCGGAGAAGAAGGUGUCCCGGAUGAGCGAGGAGGAGCAGCGGCUUGUGCAGCAGGCUCUUCAGCGCAACCUCUUCAGCAUGGCGCGGCAGAUCCCCAUGAAGAUCAAAAUCAAUGGCAAGGAAGGCAAAGCAGACUCGGCGGCAGCAGCGGCGCUGAACGUGUCACCUAAUGGCAUUGGGAGCAUCAACAUGUCCGUGGAGAUCAACGGCACGACUUACGCUGGUGAGAAAGAACCUGGUCAGAGCCAGGCUGGUGGCACAGGGAGAGGGUGGCAUGAUCCCGGGGCUGGCCUUCGCCAGGCACAGCUUGCCCAGCUUGGGGAGCUCAGCUGGAGGUGGUUCCUCUUGCCUUUGGUCCUAGGGAUGAAUGCCCUUUCCUUCGGGUGGUGGUUGUGUUAAACAUCUGAAGGAAGGGACGUCUGUAGACGUGUUCAUAGGAAGGAGCAUUAUCCCUCUUCUCCUGAGGAGUGGCUUUACUCAGGUUUACCUUAACGCAUCUCUGGGAAGUGGGAAUUGUUCCCCUCAUGCUCUGCUCAAGCCAUUCACGUCUGCAGGUCACAAAGGUGACAGAGCCAAGGUAGGAGGCCUGGUGCUGCAGCACGACCAAAGCUGCUUCUCCUCUAAAGGUGUUGAAGACAUUUGAGAUCUUUGCCCUCUGUAAGCACGAGCCUGCUGGAGCAAGUCUCAGGGGAUCCCUCCCUGUAUCCUGGUGACCCCUGAUGCCAGAGGCCUGCGUGGUUUCUCACUGAGCCUCUCUGUUGGGCUGUUUGGGGUUGGAUGGAUGCCCUCUGCGCUGUCCCCUGAGCCGUUCC